UAGAAUUUGGUUAGGAUUAUGUUUCUUUUCAAGCUUCUUUUAUUCUAGCUUCUUUUAGGCUAUUCUACAGUGAGUCUACUGCUGUGUGGACACUCGUGUCCUACACAUCCAAAGAUGGAAGUUUGUGCCUUAAUAUUACACAUCUAGUUUCUUCAGCAACAGAUCUGGGCCGGUACCGGUGCGCGUGCCCGCGGCCUGUGGGAGGUCCAGAAUAACUGAACCAAAGAUCAUCAUCAUCAUCAUCAUCCUCCUCCUCAUCCUCAUCCCGGAGGAGAGGCCCAGUGAAUACAUGCCCGACACGACACGCCUCAUCCGGAGCGGAAAGAUGGGUUUACGAGUGUGAUUUCAAGCGUGUGCUGUGUGCGAUCCAGAGGUUCGGCUGCGUGACUCCAGCAACAUGCGCGUGUGUAACUGAAGCGCAUGCAUCCGAUCAGGACACCGACUCUCGGAACCGAGGCAAGCCGUGGAGCAGACGACCUAAAGCUCUCGGGUUCACCGAUCAUCUCCAUCCGCUACAUGUGACCGAACCGAACCGAACCGUCCGAGCCCAUCUGCAGCUUCACCAGCGGGCUGCGCGUUAGCACGGCAGGACAGUACAGUAUGGCUCCCCAUCUGGAAAGGGCCCGCAAAUUGUUCUGGAUCUUAAUGAAGUCGCUGCUCCGUUUCACCUUCAUGUUUGUCAAUAACUGUGUGGCGAUCCCAUCCUACUGCCUCUACCUGAUAGUCCUGCAGCCUUUAAGACUUCUAGAUGCCCCCACGUUCUGGUACAUCGAAGGGGUCAUGUUCAGGUGGUUACUGGCGAUGGUGGCAUCUUGGGGCUGGUGUGCGGGUUACACAGUGACAGAAUGGGGUGAUGAUGUGAGACCAAUGACUGAAGACGAAGCCAUGGUCAUAGUCAACCAUCAAUCUACAGGAGACGUGUGCACCCUAAUGAUGUGCUUGCAGGACAAGGGCACGGUUGUACGAAAGAUGUUGUGGUUGAUGGACCAUGUUUUUAAAUAUACCAAUUUUGGGGUUGUGUCUCUGAUUCAUGGAGAUUUCUUCAUCAGACAGGGCAAAGCACAUCGAGAAAAGCAACUAGUUUACCUGAAGGAUCACCUAGACAAUUAUUACAACAACAGAGACAGGAAAUGGAUUGUGCUGUUUCCUGAGGGCGGCUUCCUAAGAAAGAGGCGAGAGACAAGUCAGUCCUUUGCCAAAAAGAACGACUUGCCUUACUUGACUCACGUAACACUGCCACGACUGGGUGCUACACAGAUUAUCCUGAAGACCUUAGGACCCCAACAGGAAAACGGCAUCUUGGGAACAGAGGGAAGCCCACCAGGUCAAAGUAACAAAGCAAAAGGACUACAGUGGGUAAUAGAUGUGACCAUAGCCUACCCUAAUGCAAGACCCAUGGACAUUCAGACAUGGAUUUUUGGUUACAGAGAUCCAACAGUAACACAUGUACACUACAGGACAUACCCAAUAAAGGACGUCCCAGUAGAAUCAGAAGCGCUGGCAGAUUGGCUAUAUCAGCGAUUUGUGGAAAAGGAGAAACUUCUGGCUCACUUCUACAAGACAGGAGCAUUCCCUCCACUAGAAGGCCAAAAAGAGGUGGUCUCCCGAAACAUGACCCUUGACAACGUUUGGCUGCUUUUCGUUCAAACGUUCGCCUUCGCCUCAGGCUACAUGUGGUACAGCAUUCUACAUUACAUCUACUGCUGGUUCUUCUGAUCGCUCUGAGGAGACCGUAACGCGCAGGAUGGAGGAGGGAACGCCAGAGACCAAGAGCCCCGAUUGCCAUUCUCCUCUGCCGGAUGGUUGAAUGUACCCCGCAGGACGACUCCAGUUGCUGUAUCCGAUCGCGGUCCAGACACAUCCACCCAAUCCCAGCUGCCCGUGCAGACAUGCGUUUAUCCUUUAGAUUUGCGUAGAACCAGUUCAACAUGUUUACACAUGCGCGCUCACAUGCAGAGAGAAGAUUAUGCACAUCUAAAUGUUUACUCAUGCACAUGUGGACACAGCUCUUUUUUUUUUUUUUUUUUGUUUGUUUGUUUUACUUUUUUACUUUCAAUCAAAAUUAGGCUCAGGAAUAAGCCAGAGAUAGAUCUGUCACGUCCUCUUAUUUCUCUCAUGUCCUGCCACGUGAGCUCCCCCCCCCACCCGCCUUUUUAUCAUUAACUCCCAAACAAGAUGACUGAAAUUUUUUUCAGAAACUGCUGUCCUCUUUGAAAGAGCCUCCUCUGGCCUUCAUUGCACUAUGAAUCCUUGUCGCCCCUGUCGCCCCCCCCCCGCCCCCGCAACGGAAGACCCUCGGUGUGUGCUGCCCUCAUGUCAUUUCUUCCUCGUGGCCGUUUCGUCCCGUGUUGACUGGAUGCUGUUUUCUAUGUGUAUUGUCAGUAUUGAGAGACGGUAGAACUAUCGUGAUGUUUACACUGACUGAAGGGGGAUUCGGUUUUGAUGACGCGUGGGGGGGGUAUUUCCAAGACGAACCUGGUUCUUGUUUUAAAACAAGACGGCGUCCUCUGGAGAACUUUACACAAUCAACGCCAUACAGACACAUCCAAGCGCACCACAUGACUGCCACACGACCGAUUCGAUAGGACAAACACCCCUCACUUCCAAAGUUUUACAAAUAUUAAGCCAUAUGCUUAUCUUCGGGUCAAAAGGGGGCGGACAUUCUACUGACUGAACUUUUUUGUGUUUGUUCAUUGUCCUAAAAAGAUUUUAAUUUGUUGAUUUUUGAGUCUCAAACUGGUCUCAUUUCUGUAAAUGUGACAGCAUAACCUGCCUGUGUGAUUGUGUGCGACUGCCCGUUGCUUUUUUUUUUUUUCUAUUUUUUAGAUGCACAUAAUGUCUGGUAGCUUCAUGUUAUAUCAGAGUGUUGGCAAAUAUCUGUUUAAUAGUUCUUUUUCCUCAUUCUGUGGUUAAUCUUGUACAAAAAGGAGUCCGAGCUGCGGUCGCUCUCCGCAUUUUUACUUCUGAAAUAUCAUGAAUGUUUAAGAAGAUGAUGGAGAAGAAGCGGUGAGGAGCUUCUGUCCCGGCAGGUGCUUACGUUGCUCUCAGUAUCUGAGCGUCACCUCGUCUGCCAUUUGCUGUCUUCUGCGGCGAUCGCGUGGUCGCAUUUCUGUUCAUCAAAAGAAACCGUCUUAAAACUGCUGCCACGCGGAAGGGAUCAGAGGAGUAGAUUCGAUUUUGUGCCGAGGCGCAAAAUAUUUUAGACUAGCUUUAGACUAUCUUGAGGAAAAUGGAAACGUUCUCCUCGAGCUUGAGACAAAAUUGCAUUUUUCAUGUGUGAAAUUGGAUCCGUUUGUGUGUGUGCCGGUGGGGAAGACGUCCGUCUACGUGUUCUCCUCGUGUCGGAAGGGAAUAUGGGUGAGGUCCAGCAAUAAUGUACUCAAAAAUAAACGCCCAUGUUGUGGCGUUCAAGAAACAAUGCUUAGAUGUACAAAUUAGACAUUUGUAGGUGAAAACAUUGCACCGUAAUUGUCAUUUCCCCCCUUAACCGAAGCCAUGUCAUCUGUGAAAGUGAACUUUGUUUCUAUAGCUUGCCAGAUUGAAAUGUGAAUGACGCCAGAAGACUAAAGCCAGGUUAGAUGCGGACUGCAUUCAGAGCAGGCUACGUCACCGUGAACUUCACCGCGAGGAUCUCAGACGCCGGGUUCCUCGUCUCGUUCUCUCUGUCUGUCAGAUUGAGACGUAACAUUGUUUUCCUAAGUAUGGUUUUAUGUUUUUAAAAAAAAGUGUGAGAUAUAUCUAUAUAUUAGCAAUUUAACCAAAUUACAAUAGAAUGGUCCAUAAUUUUCAUUUUGUACUCCUGUUUCUCUUCCUAGCUACCCAGCCAUUUUACAACACACAAAUUAAUUGUGCUGGAAUAAAAAUCAUGCGCAGCAGUGACCCACAGGCUCUUCUCUGAGUGUUAUUGAUCUGAAGCAUUCGGCAGAGUUGCGUUUGUUCAUCUAGAUCAUUCUGAUCAGGCUUUUAAAGUCGAUGUGAAUUGCAGUGUUUGUUCUUUGGAUUAACAUGCACCAAUGAAUCAUACACAGUAAAAUCUGGAUUGUGCAUUCAGUCAAUUUUGAUAUUUAAACAUAUGCCUCAGAUGCCUGUGUAUAUUGCACUUUGUUCAGAAGAACAGCAAGAGCUGGUCCUUUCUGUGAAUAGGGUACAAAUUGGUUCCAUUGCUUUAGCAGUAAAAGCACAAAUCCCAUUCCAUGUUGAGAGAAAUGUUUGAUAUGCUAGAUUUGAAUUAUCUGACAUCGACAUUAUAACGGUAUAUCUGUAUUACGUUAAUUAAAAAAAAAACAGUACAUGAUCUUAUUUUAUUCUUUUAGUUUACAAACAUUUGAUUUUUUUAAUAAAGCAUUUAACCUAAGAUUCAGCUUUUUUUUUUAUUAUUAUUCAUUUUCUGCUUAUUUUGUGUAUGUGUAGAAAAUAAGUGUUUUAGCACUCAUUCUCAGUCACUUCUCAGAUUGUAACAGAGGUGUAAAAACUUGCAAAAUUCAUAUAAAAUAAAACAACACCUAAUAUGUAGUUUACUUCCUGAGGUACAAAACCAGUUUCUCAAUAUUCACGCUUCGUUUUUAGUGCAUUUGAGAAAAACAAAAGCAAACAUAUUCAAGCCCUAUUUUGUACCCUGUUCGGUGAAAGUGCCAGCUGCUUCGGUUACUUAUGUUCAGUACAAUCAUAUGUAAUUAUUAUAUCUAUACAUCUGUCUUUUUAGAUGGGUAGCAGUAGUCUUGAACAUGUAGACAUAUAAAACUUAGUGCAAACUUGAGAUCACACACAGGUAUUUAAAAAUAAAUAAAUAAAUAAUAAAAGUAAAAGAAUGACAGUGAGCGAUAUUCCACCUUAGGUGGAAGAAGUAUAUGUUGUCCUUUUCUUUCUUUGCUGGAAAUGGUGUUCUUGGAAGCCCUCAGAAACAAAUGCUAACCUAUCUGAAUGUAUAAAAGUGGUCUUGACUGAUUACAGUAGGUUUUUUUUUUUUUCUUCUCCACAAAAAGCCAAAAAUCAGUCAGAUCAGUCUCUUCAUGUGCUUUACCUUUAACUUCUGAAUAAUUGUAUAUGCCUUCUUAAAUAGUUUAUAACAAUUUGCUUGAAAAUAUAACGUGAUAAAUUAAGAUGGAAGAAAAUAAUAGUUAAUUUCCAAAGACAAAGGAUUAUGUUUUGAGGGGUCAUGUAAUGAAACAAAAAUCGAGUCAAGAUUUCCAUCUGUUCAAUGUGUCCUUUCACUUAUGUGGCCUUUUUGUAAGAACAUUUGAAGCACAUGGAUGCUCAUAAACACCCACCUGUGCCUCAUAAUUGAAUAUAGCUCUAAUAAUGCAUCUUUCACAAUGAAAUGAAGUUAUCUCCUGUCUUUCUGGCUAUACGUGCAAAGCUCGUUUCCUGUGAAGGCUUCUAGUGGAAACGGGAAAGGGCUUUAGGUGAACUUUGGCCCUGCCACACCCAGAAACGUUGGGCACUAUAAAAACACCGCUGCCACCAAGCGGACGAACAGUCAAUUUACACUAGUUUACGAAGUAGCGGGCGCAGAGUCAGUCUGCAGACGGUGCGUCUCUCAGAAGUAGCCUGUUUUUGUUCAAAUCAAGGAAACCAUGUUAUAGGCGUCAAAUUAUAUAUGUGACCCUGGACCACAAAACCUGUCAUAAAAGGCAAAUUUUUGAAAUUGAGAUUUAUACAUCACCUUAAAGCUGAAUAAAUAAGUAUCUCGGACAAUAUAUGUGGCCGAGAUGCAACUAUUUGAAAAUCUGGAAUUAAUAUUUCAUUUUCUCAAUAAAAUAUUGAGAAAAUCGCCUUUAAAGUUGUCCAAAUGUAGUUCUUAUUAAUGCAUAUUGCUAAUCGAA